AUGCAUCCGGAGCCCGUGCCCCAGAGCAGCAACAAUCCCGAGCUUCCCCUCAGCAGCGGCAGUACCACUAGCGGCAGCUGCCGGAACUGCCGCAGUGGGGAUGGGGAGUCCCCAGGGUCCCCACUGCCGCCGCUGCCAGCAGUCAGCUACCCGGACUUGAUCGGCCAGGGUUACUCCGAGGUGAUGAGCCUCAACGAACACUCGAUGCAGGCGCUGUCCUGGCGUAAGCUCUACUUGAGCAGUGCCAAGCUCAAAGCCUCCAGCCGGACCUCGGCUCUGCUGUCUGGCUUAGCCAUGGUGGCCAUGGUGGAGGUGCAGCUGGACACUGAGCACGACUAUCCACCGGGGCUGCUCAUCACCUUCAGUGCCUGCACCACGGUGCUGGUGGCCGUGCACCUGUUUGCACUCAUGAUCAGCACCUGCAUCCUGCCCAACAUUGAGGCUGUCAGCAACGUCGACAACCUCAACUCCGUCAAGGAGUCGCUCCACGACCGCAUGCAUCGCCACAUCGAGCUGGCCUGGGCCUUCUCCACCGUCAUCGGCACGCUGCUUUUCCUGGCCGAGGUCGUGCUGCUCUGCUGGGUCAAGUUCUUGCCCCUCAAGAAGCAGCCGGGGCAGCCAAGCCCUACCAGCAAGCCCCCAGCUGGUGGUGCGGCCUCCAACAACAGCAGCGAGAUUGGCAUCACCCUGGGCCAGGCAGCAGCCAUUGCAUCCACCACCAUCAUGGUGCCCUUUGGCCUGGUCUUCAUCGUCUUUGCUGUCCACUUUUACCACUCACUGGUCAGGCACAAGACAGACCGACAGUUCCAGGAGCUCAGUGAGCUGGCUGAGCUUGCCCACUUGCAGGACCAGAUGGACCACAGAGGGGACCACUCCCUGAUGCCCGGCAGCCACUAUGCCUAA